UGAGAGGAGAGGAGAAAGAGACCUAGGAUACAGGCUACCAUUCCUACAAGGCUCCAUACGGUUUUUUCUUUAGCCUUAUGAGUCCCUACACAUUUUCAGGAGGAUAGAGUGAACUCUGAGGAUUUCGAAAGCGCCGUUUCCCUUUGUUUUUUAUUUUAUUUUACCUCCCUUCGCAGUGGAUGGUUUUAAAGCAGCAGCACCAGCAGACGCCCGAGCUUGCAAAGCAGGUGUGAGAGACAGCGGCGACCGCUCCUCUUCUCCCUGUUUCCAAGGGGAAAUGUCGAGCGAGAAGCCGCUUUCAGUAGCACCGGGCGCUGCUUCUUUACUCACGGACACAGACCGAGACUCGCAUCCUCCGUCGGGCUCCUCCGGGCAGCACCAGCAGGUCGUCGCCACCGCCGCCGCAGGCGCUGGCUCCAGCUCCAACGGGGACAGGAUGGUGUCUGCAGCCGGCUCUAUGGUUCUCCCGGCUGGGGUGAUCAACCCCGCCGUUCCGAUCAGGAAUAUCCAGAUGAAAUUUGCCGUGCUGGUGGGCCUGAUCCAGGUCGGGGAGGUUAGCAACAGGGACAUCGUGGAGACGGUACUGAACCUGCUGGUCGGCGGCGAGUUCGACCUGGAGAUGAACUUCAUCAUCCAGGAGGCAGAGAGCAUCGGUUGCAUGGUGGAGCUGCUGUCCCACUGCGAGGUGACGUGCCAAGCGGAGAUCUGGAGCAUGUUUACGGCCAUACUGCGCAAGAGCGUGCGCAACCUGCAGACCAGCACGGAGGUCGGCCUCAUCCAGCAGGUGCUGCUCAAAAUGAGCACCGUGGAUGACAUGAUCGCAGACCUCCUGGUGGACAUGUUGGGAGUGUUGGCCAGCUACAGCAUCACAGUCAAGGAGCUGAAGCUGCUCUUCAGUAUGCUGAGAGGAGAAAACGGUAUCUGGCCAAGACACGCCAUCAAGCUCCUGUCGGUGUUGAACCAGAUGCCUCAGAGGCACGGGCCCGACACUUUCUUCAACUUUCCAGGGCGCAGUGCAGCGGCUAUAGCGUUGCCACCGAUUGCUAAAUGGCCAUACCAGAACGGAUUCACCAUUAACACCUGGUUCAGACAAGAUCCACUCAACAACAUCAACGUGGACAAAGACAAACCCUAUCUCUACUGUUUUCGCACGAGUAAAGGAAUCGGCUACUCGGCUCACUUUGUGGGAAACUGUCUCAUUGUGACGUCGCUGAAGUCCAAAGGAAAAGGCUUCCAACACUGUGUGAAGUACGAUUUUCAACCCCGCAAGUGGUACAUGAUCAGCAUCGUCCACAUCUACAAUCGCUGGAGGAACUCGGAGAUCCGUUGCUAUGUCAACGGCCAGCUGGUUUCCUACGGUGACAUGGCCUGGCAUGUCAACACCAACGAUAGCUAUGAUAAGUGUUUCCUGGGUUCUUCGGAGACAGCGGAUGCCAACAGAGUGUUCUGCGGUCAGCUGGGUGCUAUUUAUGUUUUCAGCGAAGCUCUCAACCCGGCUCAGAUCUUUGCCAUCCAUCAGCUCGGCCCGGGAUACAAGAGCACUUUCAAGUUCAAGUCUGAGAGCGACAUCCACCUGGCCGAGCACCACAAGCAGGUGCUGUACGACGGGAAGCUGGCCAGCUCCAUCUCCUUCACCUACAACGCCAAAGCGACGGAUGCUCAGCUCUGCCUGGAGUCGUCGCCGAGGGAAAACCCCUCCAUCUUUGUGCACUCGCCGCACGCGCUCAUGUUACAGGAUGUGAAGGCCAUUGUGACCCACUCCAUCCACAGUGCCAUUCACUCUAUAGGAGGGAUCCAGGUCCUGUUCCCGCUGUUUGCUCAGCUGGACUACAAACAGCUCAAUGACAGCAGUGUGGACACUACCGUCUGCGCGACCUUGCUGGCAUUCCUGGUGGAGCUGUUGAAAAGCUCAGUGGCCAUGCAGGAGCAGAUGUUGGGUGGGAAAGGCUUCCUGGUGAUUGGGUACCUGCUGGAGAAGUCCACACGGGUCCACAUCACCAGGGCGGUCCUUGAGCAGUUCCUGUCAUUUGCCAAGUACCUGGAUGGUUUACCUCAUGGAGCUCCUCUUCUCAAGCAGCUCUGUGACCACAUACUCUUCAACGCUGCCAUCUGGAUUCACACUCCCGCCAAGGUCCAACUUUCCCUCUACACAUAUUUAUCAUCCGAGUUCAUUGGCACCGCCACCAUAUACAACACCAUCCGGCGUGUCGGCACCGUCCUGCAGCUCAUGCACACCCUGAAGUACUACUACUGGGCCAUAAACCCUUUGGAGUGCAGUGGGAUCUCCCCGAAAGGUCUUGAUGGACCACGGCCAACCCAGAAGGAGGUCAUUUCACUCCGAGCCUUCAUGCUUCUCUUCCUCAAACAACUCAUUCUGAAGGACCGAGGUGUGAAGGAAGACGAGUUGCAGAGCAUCCUUAACUAUCUACUGACCAUGCAUGAGGAUGAGAAUAUCCACGAUGUGCUCCAGCUGCUGGUGGCUCUUAUGUCUGAACAUCCAGCGUCCAUGAUCCCUGCUUUUGACCAGAGGAACGGCAUAAGGGUGAUCUGCAAGCUCCUGGCCUCUAGGAGUGAAAGCAUCAGAGUUCAGGCACUCAAAGUUCUCGGCUACUUCCUGAAGCACCUCGGUCACAAGAGGAAGGUGGAGAUCAUGCACACACACAGUCUGUUCACUCUGCUGGGAGAGAGGCUGAUGAUGCACACCAACACUGUUUCCAUCACCACCUACAACACGCUGUAUGAGAUUCUGACUGAGCAGGUCUGCACUCAGGUGGUUCACAAACCCCACCCUGAGCCUGACUCCACCGUUAAGAUUCAGAAUCCCAUGAUUCUAAAGGUUGUGGCCACCCUGCUGAAGAACUCCUCUCCAAGUGCCGAGCUGAUGGAAGUCAGGAGGCUCUUUCUCUCCGACAUGAUAAAACUCUUCAGCAACAGCCGUGAGAACCGACGCUGCUUGUUGCAGUGCUCCGUGUGGCAGGACUGGAUGUUUUCCCUCGGAUACAUCAACCCCAAGAACCCGGAGGAGCAGAAAAUAACGGAGAUGGUGUACAACAUCUUCAGAAUCCUGCUCUACCAUGCAAUUAAAUACGAGUGGGGCGGGUGGAGGGUCUGGGUCGACACUUUGUCCAUUGCACACUCUAAGGUGACCUACGAAGCCCAUAAGGAGUACUUAGCCAAGAUGUAUGAAGAGUACCAGCGUCAGGAGGAGGAAAACAUGAAGAAGGGAAAGAAAGGCUCCGUUUCCACAAUUUCUGGCCUCUCUUCUGCACCGGCCUCCGUCGUCAACGGCAACUUGGAGAUCGAUGACAACUCUCAGACACAGACACCCGAGAGUGAGGCUGAGUACAGCGAGGGGGCCGGAGGAGACUCGCGCAACCUCCUGGCGGAAUGUGCUGUGAAGCGACCGAAUGGGGAGGCCUUGAUGCCCGGCGAGCCGAGUGCCGGUCCAGGGGUCAGGGUGGAGGUCCACGACCUGCUAGUAGACAUUAAAGCUGAAAAGGUAGAAGCCACAGAGGUGAAACUGGAUGACCUGGACCUGUCUCCAGAAGGCAUCAGUGGAGGUGUAGGUGGAGGGAGUGGAGUUGGAAUGGAAAACGGACCUCUGGUGGAAGUGGAUUCUCUCUUGGACAGUGCUUACUGCUCUGUGGUUCAGAACCUAAACGGGAAUCUGGCGCCUAAAGACGACGCACCGGGCUCAGGAGUCGGGAUUGCAACAAGCCUGGGACUUUCUGGAGUCAGCAUGGAGGAUGAUGGGAACAUGGGUCCCCUCAUCACAUUAGCCGAUGAGAAAGACAGCGUUCCGAGCAACAACGGAUUCCUCUUCAGCAAGGUCGAUGAGAAACUGCUCCCAGCUCUGGCAGCCACAGACCCCCUUGUGCUGCAGAGUCCAGACCAGCCUGCCUCAUCAAAAACCAUCCCUGCCCACUCCAGCGCCAGUGAUGACCUCAGCCUGUUAGCCCACAUGACCAGCUGUGGCUCUGACUUAACGCAGACACAAAGCCACGCGUCUGAGGAGCUUCCUGAGGAUGGACCCUUCAAGAUCCAGAGCCCCCUUGCUGACAUCAGGUCCAUUGCUGAAGCUGAGAACCAGACCCAGCUCCAAGGAGCUUCAAGAUCUGAUUUCCCAGAGGGGGAGGGCCCAUCUGGGGCGGAGGGGGAGUGUGUGGGGCUUAAGGCUGGGGGAGACACGGCCAGCACUACUUCGGAUACAGAGAGGUCAGAUGAUGGGAAGGACAAGGACACAAAGAAGAUCCAAACUACAGCUACGACUCAGGCCCUGCACGGCCGUACUGCAGCCCAGCUGGAGCGAGACCUGCGGGUGGACCUGGGUUUCAGAGGCAUGCCCAUGACCGACGAGCAGCGACGUCAGUUCAGUCCUGGCCCGCGCACGACUAUGUUCCGCAUCCCAGAAUUCAAGUGGUCCCCGAUGCACCAGAGGCUGCUCACCGACCUGCUCUUUGCACUGGAGACAGAUGUGCACAUGUGGAGGAGCCACUCCACUAAGUCAGUCAUGGACUUCGUCAACAGCAAUGAGAACAUCAUCUUCGUCCACAACACAAUCCACCUGAUUUCUCAGAUGGUGGAUAACAUCAUCAUCGCCUGUGGAGGCAUCCUGCCUCUGCUGUCAGCCGCCACCUCCCCUUCUAGUUCUAAGAGUAGUGCCAACACUAAGGCAGGAGGCGCCGGACCCCAGAGGGGUUCAAAAGGAGAGGAGGUGACCCCUGUUCCUGGGGGAGGAGGUGCAGGGGGAGAGACGGAGCUGGAGAACAUCGAGGCGACGCAGGGCAUGUCUUCAGAGACGGCGGUUACAUUUUUGUCCCGUCUCAUGGCCAUGGUGGACGUCCUGGUGUUCGCUAGCUCCCUCAACUUCAGUGAGAUCGAAGCGGAGAAAAACAUGUCGUCGGGAGGGCUCAUGAGGCAGUGCCUCCGCCUUGUUUGCUGUGUGGCAGUCAGGAACUGCCUGGAGUGCAGGCAGAGACAGCGAGACCGGAGCUGCAAGUCUUCAUUAACCAGCAGCAAAUCACAAGACAGCCUCCACAGUGCCUCCACCACCAGCAAGCAGGACCCAGACAGACUCCUGCAAGACGUAGACAUCAAUCGUCUUCGAGCUGUGGUUUUCAGAGACGUGGAUGACAGCAAGCAGGCCCAGUUUCUGGCACUGGCUGUCGUCUACUUCAUCUCCGUCCUCAUGGUGUCUAAGUACAGAGAUAUUUUGGAGCCUCAGAGAGAGAUUGGCAGGUCUACCAGCCUAUCGGGAAGGAGCAUUCGUCAUGAGAUCAACUCCCCGACCAGUACAGAACAUCCAUCCUCCGCCUUCUCCGACCGGGACAAACAGACCCCAACCCCAGUGGAUGAUUCUCCUCUGGCUGGCCUCCCCCACACGGAUUCAGGCAUCGGAGAGGAGGGUCAUAUGGCCGGGUCCCUGAACGGGUCAGAGGUGGGUCUGGGGCUCGGUCUGGGCCUAGUGGGGCGAGAGACAGACAGGGAUCGAGACAGAGACAAUGGAGGAGGUGGUGGGGGAGGGGGCACGGAUCUGUUGUGCAGCCUGUCGUCAGAUGUUCAGAAGUCGCAGGAGAGCCUUCUGGAUUCCCCCCACAUCCCCAGGUCCACUCCCAACUCCAGCCAAGCUCCGCCUUCAUCCAUCUCCAGCAUCAGUCAGACAAACAAAGGCAUCAAUGUGAAGGAGAUUCUGAAGAGUUUAGUGGCCGCUCCUAUCGACGGAGCCGAGCUGGGCCAGGAGUCCGGACCCACUCCCUACCACCCCGACCCCGCCCUCAAGACGCAUCCGAUGCUGCCCAUGCAGUUCCACUCCUUCGACAGGAGUGUUGUCGUUCCCGUGAAAAAGCCACCGCCGGGCAGCCUGUCGGUCAACACCGUGGGCACGCCCACCACCAGUGGGUCGGCCACCCCCGGUAGCACACCCAACAUCUUCGCUGCCGCAACGGCCACGCCCAAGAGCAUGAUCAACACUACAGGUGCCACAGACUCUGCCUCCUCAUCUACUUCCUCCUCUUCAUCGUUUGUUAACGGAGCAACUAGUAAGAACCUGCCAGCGGUGCAGACGGUGGCGCCCAUGCCAGAAGACACCAUGGAGAAUAUGAGUGCCUAUUGUGAGGUGGCGCAGUGUGCGCUGCGCAGCGGUCAGACGCCCCCUGAGCUCAAGUCUUUUAGCUCUCUGGCAGGCUUCCAGGCAGCCCCCCGAGAUGCAGGACAGUGUUUUAGCAUCACCACCAAGCUGGAGCGCGCUCUGGAGAAGGUGGCCCCCCUGCUGAGGGAGAUUUUUGUGGACUUUGCUCCUUUUCUGUCCAGGACGCUGCUGGGUAGCCAUGGGCAGGAACUGCUCAUAGAAGGUACAGGUCUGGUGUGUAUGAAGUCCAGCACAUCUGUCGUGGAGCUCGUCAUGCUGCUCUGUUCCCAGGAAUGGCAGAACUCAAUUCAGAAGAAUGCGGGCCUAGCUUUUAUUGAGCUCAUCAAUGAGGGAAGACUCUUGUGCCACGCCAUGAAGGAUCAUAUUGUUCGUGUUGCCAAUGAAGCGGAGUUCAUUCUCAACAGACAGAGGGCUGAGGAUGUGCACAAACAUGCCGAAUUUGAGUCUAACUGUGCCCAGUACGCUGCGGACCGCAGAGAGGAGGAGAAAAUGUGCGAUCAUCUCAUCAGUGCAGCCAAGCACAGAGAUCAUGUGACCGCCAAUCAGCUGAAACAGAAGAUCCUCAACAUCCUGACCAAUAAACAUGGAGCGUGGGGAACAAUGUCACAGAGCCAGUUGCAUGACUUCUGGCGCCUGGACUACUGGGAGGAUGAUCUGAGGAGGAGGAGGAGAUUUGUGAGAAACUCCUUUGGCUCCACACAUGCCGACAUUUCACUCAAAUCCUUGGAUGAGUAUGGGACAGAAGAGGAGGAGGAGGAGGGGCCGAAGUCCAAGAAGACCUUCCGCAGCCAGUCGGUCGUCACCCAGAACCCGGAGGCAGAGCUGAUGCUGGAGGGAGAUGAUGACGCCAUCAGUCUGCUGCAGGAGAAAGAGAUCGAUAACCUGGCUGGCCCUGUGGUUCUGAGCACUCCAGCCCAGUUGGUGGCUCCUGUGGUGGUGGCUCGAGGCACUCUCUCCAUCACUACAACUGAGAUCUACUUUGAAGUUGAUGAAGAUGACCCAGCCUUCAAGAAGAUGGAUGCUAAAGUUCUGGCUUAUUCCGAGGGUUUACACGGGAAGUGGAUGUUUAGCGAGAUCCGAGCGGUGUUCUCCAGACGUUACCUGCUGCAGAACACUGGACUGGAGGUAUUCAUGGCCAACAGAACAUCAGUGAUGUUUAACUUCCCCGACCAAGCCACAGUUAAAAGGGUGGUCUACAGCCUCCCUCGGGUGGGGGUUGGAACCAGUUAUGGACUACCACAAGCCAGACGUAUUUCCUUGGCGACUCCUCGUCAGCUGUUUAAGUCGUCCAACAUGACGCAGCGCUGGCAGAGGAGAGAGAUCUCCAACUUUGAGUACCUCAUGUUUCUAAACACAAUUGCAGGAAGGACCUAUAACGACCUGAACCAGUACCCAGUCUUCCCCUGGGUCCUGACCAACUACGAUUCAGAGGAACUUGACCUCACUCUUCCCGGCAACUUUAGAGAUCUUUCUAAGCCAAUCGGUGCUCUGAAUCCCAAGCGAGCAGCAUUUUACGCAGAGCGCUACGAGACGUGGGACGAUGACGGCACACCUCCACACCACUAUACGAACUUAUACUCCACUGCUCAUUCAACGCUGAUGUGGAUGGUUAGAAUAGAACCCUUCACCACAUUCUUCCUCAAUGCUAAUGAUGCUAAGUUUGACCACCCAGAGAGAGCUUUCUCUGGCAUCGGCCGUGCAUGGAGGAACUGCCAGAGGGACACGGCUGACGUCAAGGAGCUGAUCCCAGAGUUUUACUACCUGCCAGAAAUGUUCGUCAACAGUAACGAGUAUGAACUUGGCGUGCGUGAUGACGGCGUUUCCGUGUGUGACGUGGAACUUCCUGCCUGGGCCAAGAAACCUGAAGACUUCGUUCGCAUUAAUCGCAUGGCGCUGGAGAGCGAAUUUGUGUCGUGUCAGCUUCACCAGUGGAUCGAUCUCAUAUUUGGCUACAAGCAGCGAGGGCCAGAAGCUGUCAGAGCUCUGAACGUGUUUAACUUCCUGUCCUACGAGGGAGCCAUAAACCUGGACAAUCUGGAUGCUCUGCAGCGUGAGCCGAUUGAGACCCAGAUUCAGGUCUGUGGUCAGGUACCCUCCCAGCUGCUGAUUGAGCCACACCCACCACGGUCCUCUGCCAUGCACCUGUGUUUCCUUCCCCAGAGCCCACUGAUGUUCAAGGAUCAGAUGCAGCAGGACGUCAUCAUGGUGCUCAAGUUCCCGUCCAACUCCCCCGUCACCCACGUCGCAGCCAACACGCUGCCCCACCUCAGCAUACCGGCAGCCGUCACUGUCACGUGCAGUCGGCUAUUUGCUGUUAACCGCUGGCACAACACAGUUGGCCUGCGUGGAGCUCCAGGAUACUCGCUGGAACAGGCUCAUCAUCUACCCAUUGAAAUGGACCCUCUCAUAGCAAAUAACUCAGGUGUGAACAAGCGACAGAUCACUGACCUGGUGGACCAGAGCAUCCAGAUCAACACACACUGUUUUGUGGUUACCGCGGACAACCGUUAUAUCCUGGUCUGUGGCUUCUGGGACAAAAGCUUCCGAGUUUACUCCACUGAAACCGGAAAGCUGACCCAGAUCGUUUUUGGCCACUGGGAUGUGGUGACGUGCCUGGCCCGGUCAGAGUCCUACAUCGGAGGAGACUGCUACAUAGUGUCGGGCUCCAGAGAUGCAACUCUUCUUCUGUGGUACUGGAGUGGGCGACACCACAUAAUAGGGGACAAUCCCAACAACAGUGACUACCCGGCUCCCAGGGCCGUGCUGACAGGACACGACCAUGAGGUGGUGUGUGUGUCUGUCUGUGCGGAGCUGGGAUUGGUUAUCAGUGGAGCCAAAGAGGGCCCAUGCCUGGUUCACACCAUCACAGGAGACUUGCUGAGGGCCUUGGAGGGUCCAGAACUGUGCCAACGGCCCCGCCUCAUCUCCGUAUCCAGCGAGGGACAUUGCAUCAUCUAUUACGAAAGAGGUCGCUUUUGCAACUUCAGCAUAAAUGGAAAACUGCUUGCACAAAUGGAGGUCAAUGAUUCUACGCGGGCUAUCUUGUUGAGUAGUGAUGGCCAGAACCUGGUGACAGGAGGUGAUAACGGCGUUGUGGAGGUGUGGCAGGCAUGUGACUUCAAACAGCUUUACAUCUAUCCAGGCUGUGACGCCGGCAUCCGUGCCAUGGACCUCUCACAUGACCAGAGGACUCUAAUCACCGGAAUGGCCUCUGGCAGCAUCGUGGCAUUCAACAUCGACUUCAACCGCUGGCACUACGAGCACCAGAACAGGUACUGAGGCGGAAGGCAAGAAGGAGAGGAGGACGGAGCGAGGAGGUGAUACGCUGUGCCGUGUGUCUGCAGCACGGGGGAAACAACAGGUACCGAGACGAAGAUGAAUUAGUACCGGACCUUAGACUCUUCUUCCCUUGGACUGAGGGUGUUACAGUGCAGGUGGAAGCAGCUUCCUCUGAGCACGAGUGUGACCCAUAAAACCCAGAAGACACGCACCAAACCUCGCUAAUAAAACACAAAGAUCGCAGCGUGGGGACAAAGAGGAGGUGGACAUACAUGCACCGCUCACAGGACGGCUGAAACUGCUGCUCCUUCACAGAGGGGAAAACUAAUUCCUGUUUUCCCUUUUCUUUUUUCUCAUUUCAUUUUUUCUAAUUGUUUGGUUGGACUUUAAAUUCCAGAUGGAUGUACUAUAUUCAGAAGCGGUCACAAAUGCACCAGCCCUACCCCGUAUUUAAAAACCGGUGCUAUUGGCUCGAUCUUAAAUUCACUCUUAAAAACUCCCCUUGAGUUUUAGUUUCAUGUUGUCUUGUUUGAUUCGAUCAGCUCGGGUUCAUUUCAAAUCAUUUUUUCUUUUCUUUUUUUUUUUUUUGAUCCACAGUGGGAUUAAACCAGAAUUUUGUGUAAAUAAGACUCUGCUUCCUUCAGUCACACUUUAUUUCACUACACAAACUACGCUUAUCACCUUUAAUUUAUUAAUGACUUGCUGUAUGUAAAAUAUUGUGUAAUAAUUAAUAUAACAUUGACCAGACUGAUGGUAACGGCGGUGGCAUCAAGAAUGAUGUUUUUUCAUUAUGUUUUUUUUUAAACUGGUGACAACAAUACGGAGAUCUUGCCACCAAGGAGGAUGAACACAAGAUUUUCUUUGUAUAUUUAGUGAUUGUUUUUGUCAAAUAUGUACAUAUAAUCUAGGUUGAGGCUCGGCGGGAUACUUACUCAGCUGAAUGAGACCGAAAGAGCAAAGGAAAACUUUACUUACACACAUUUGUUGGUUAUUUAAGAAAAAAGAGAGAAUCAGCUCAAUGUAAAAGUUUGUUUUGUAUUUGCACUUUGCACCAAUCACAUAUCAUUAUUUAUUAGCUUGGUUCUUUCUGGUCGGCUGCCUUUUCGUUUAGGUCCAUUCCCCUUUGGGGUUAUUUGUGCAUUGAUGUUUGUAUUUAAACCGUUGAGCUCAUGUGUGACUCUAAGUUUUACAACCUCACAGUUGUAAGCAAUAUCAUGAUUCUGUAGCUGAUAGAGGCCUGGGGAGGAGGGAGGAUGACAGGUGAGAGACGUUACUGUAUGUGUGAAGCCAUCACGAUCAAACAUGCACAUACUCUGACAGGUUCAACUUACGUAUCCAAAAAAAAAAAAGGUUAAAUAUUUUUGGAUCUAUGAAACCCUAAAAACUAUUGUAUUCAUGUUUUAUUGCAAAGAUGUAAAAUAUGACAUGUGUGAGUUGGAAAAAAAAUCAUAAGAAAAAUAAAAUAUGCAAAGAAU